AUGGAGCAUGGGGAGUGGCCUGGGGCCGAUGGAUUUCCCGUCGUUAUGAAUACUCGCCCUGGCCGCAACAGGGGCCGGCUGGGCCAAACAGUCUAUUACCAAGACGGCAACGGGCUCCUCGUCCCCGCCGGCGCAGCCAUAGGUGGAGGCCUUCACCGCUCCCACUCAGCAGCGGCGCGGCGUCCCGCGCAGAUCGUCAUCAAUAACGCGCCGUAUGAAGACCGCUCUGUCAGCCGCAGCCCGCACGGCCAUAGCCACCACCGGAGAAGCUCCUAUGGACGUGACCAUCACUACGAUGAUUCAGAAGACGAGUAUCGCGAACGAGCGUCUAGCCCUCAUCGGAGAAGGCGGCCCAGUAGGAGUCAUGGUAGUAGGAGCCCCAGCCCAUAUUACGACUAUGAGUUGGAAAAGAAGAUGAAGAAGUUGGAGGAGCUUGAGGAGAAGGAGAAGGAGGAAAUAGCGCGCGAGAAAUACGAGGAGGAAAUGAUCCUGAAAGAAGCCAAGAAGGCCAAGAAGAAGAAGGAAGAGGACGAGUUUAAAGUAAAAGCGAUCGAAGAGUACAACAAGAAGCAGGCGGAGGAAGAAGUCAAGAAAGAGAAGGCGAAGAAAGAGGCAGACGAAGAAUUCAAGGAGAGGGUAAAGAAGACAUUUGGCCAGGCAGGGUAUGACGAGGAGAGUAUCGAGAAGAUACUGAAGAAGGGGGAGAAGGGAAAGGGACAUGGUCAUGGCAAGGAGAUCAAGAUCAAGGACUUGACGCGGCCGACGUACAUCAAGGUGCAUCGGAAGCAUGUGAGUCCGGAAACAUUGGAUGAAUACAAUCUGCCUUGGGAGUGGGACGAGCGUGACUCGAACUACAUCGUCAUCAAGCAAGCUCAGGAGGGAAAAGGACAAUCUGCUACUGGUAAGGAAGAAGUCGCCCGGAAGGUCCAGGUCGCGUUCUAA